AUGAUGCCUACUCUCAUUGGUGAUCGGAAGUCGGUCUUAGAGGGCACAUGGGCUCUUGGGGCCGUCGCAAUCAUUGUUGUGAUACUCCGGGUAUUUGCAAAAGCCAGGCUUCGCCAUAUCGGAUCCGACGAUGUUAUAAUGAUUGCAUCUCUGGGUUUCGCUCUCACCUCAUCGAUACUCUUCACAAUCGCGGUUCUUGACUACGGCUUUGCAUCCGGUCGUCCUGGAGUCGACGAGGUCACCGCUCUCAAGUACUAUACCAUAAUGGAGGUUUCCAGCGUCACAAGCACCUGCCUAGGCCGGGUCGCAUUCAUUCUCUACCUGUUGCCGGUUCUUUCGACGAGAAGAGUCUUCAAGAUCAGCCUAUGGGUACUGUUUGCGGUGCAAAUAGUGGCAAAUAUUGUAAUGAUUAUUCUUAUCCUAUCUCAAUGCCACGAUAUCCGUGGGGUUUGGGAUCCCAAAUACGCCACGGACUGCACGGAAGACUAUGUUCAGCUCCAUUUUGGUUACUUCCUCUGCUUCUGCAACUCCUCCGCAGACUUGUUGCUAGCAGUCCUUCCGUGCUAUAUUUUCUGGGAUCUCAAGUUAAAGCCGAUGAUCAAGUUCAGUCUCAUGAUACUCACGAGUCUGGGUAUUGUCGCGACAGUCGGUGCCAUAAUGAAGGCUGUAAAUCUCAACCAGAUCUUAACCUGGGACGGUACAGCCAAUGCAAUCGAGCUUACCUGCUGGUCUAUGAUCGAAUGCUAUAUUGUCAUUAUCACCGCAUCGGUUCCCUGCCUUCGUUCGCUGGUUGUUUCUUCCGUGCGCCAGUUGUUUGCAAGCGACAAAUCAAGCAGUUUCCCCAUCACCACAUCGUACAGGAAAAGGACAACAACGAAUCAACGAAUGACGAAUCGCGUACAGACGAAUCGCGAGGCCUCUGGGAGUAGGCAGAAUUUCUUCUCGGGGGCACGUGGCGAGGACAUUGAGAUGGCGACUACAAAGGCUUCUGUCAAUGCCAAUGACAGCGAUGAUGGGGGGGAGGUAGCGGGGGAUGGAAUUGCAAAGACGGUGGAUAUUAGUAUUACUUGGGAGCAAGGACAUGGCAGAAGCCGUGCUCCCUAG